AUGGCAAAAAAUAGAGAAAGAGAUUUAGAUAAAUUGGAGACAAAUUUUACCGAUUUUAUAAAUUCUUUAUCUUCUACUAGUAGUCGUGUACAAGAAAGUCAAGGAGGAAAUAUAGGUUGUAGUUUAAAUAGUGAUGUUGCUAAUGACGAAAGUAAUGAUGUAAUUGAGGGAGCAAGAGAUUUUGUUAAAAUUAAUCAAGAUUUAUUAAUCACACUUUUAAAAUCAAAAUAUUUAUUCGUGAAUGAAAUUUGUUUAUGGGAGAAGUUGGUUGAAUGGGGUUUGAAUCAAUUCUACCACCAUCGCCGUCACUGUGAUCAAUCAUCAUUAAUCUCGUCAUCAAUGGAUUCAUUGUCAUCUUCAAUGACUGUAUCGUCAACUUUAUCACCACCACCUUUAUCGCCAGAAUGGAAAACAAAAGAUUUCAGGAUGUUUGGUGAAAUUAUUAAACCUUGCGUUUUACUGAUAAAUUUUGCAUUUAUUAAUCCAAAAGAUUUUAAAAAUAAAGUAGAACCAUUUAGAAAAGCUUUUGAUGAGGAAUUAUAUGAUAAAAUAUUAGAGAUUCAUCUAUCACAACAAGAUACUGCCAUAUCAACUUUGUUUCAAAAUUUGAACAAUGCAGAUUUCAAUUCCAAUCUUAUAACAUUAAAACAUUUAGCACUGAUAUCAGGUUGGAUUAUAAAUGACAAUAAUCCCAACGACAUUAAACCACACAACAUACCAUUUGAAUUUAAAUUAUUAGUUAGGGGUAGUAGAGAUGGACUUGGACCAAAAAUAUUUCACGAAAAAUGUGAUUUGAAAGGUCCGACUGUCACGAUAUUAAGAGUACACAAUUCAGGUGAGAUCCUUGGAGGUUAUAAUCCAUUGAAUUGGGAAACUGAUGAUAAUGGUAAAUUUAAUCAAACGAAAAAAAGUUUUAUUUUCUCGCUCGGACACAACGAAUUAAAUAAUACAAUAUUUAGUAAAGUGGUUGAAACACAAAGUGCUAUACUUCAAUAUAAUAAAUAUGGACCAUGUUUUGGAUCCGAUUUAAUCCUAACAGAAUAUUACAAUGAAUAUGAGAGAAAUUGGGAAGGAAGAUGUAUUAAAGGAAAAUACGAGAAUAAAAUUAGUCCUAAUUAUAUAUUCUUUGCUAAUGAAUAUGAAGUUUUUCAAGUUAUCAGAAAGAAAAAUUAA